AUGCAUGCAGACGCUUUGGUGAACUCCGUCUCGGUUUCCUUGCUUCUGAUUCUCCUCUCAGCCGUGGAAGAAAGUUUAUCACAAUCACUGAGGACAGCAAGCGGGGCCUGCAGACUCUCAGCCGAAGCUUCACAGAGGCGCUGCCGGACCCCGGAUGGUCUGAUCUGCAGUGGGAGGGGGGAAUGUGACUGUGGGGUCUGCAUAUGUCCCGUUACUGACCCAGGAAAAUUCUAUGGGCCGCAGUGUGAAUGUCACGACUGGGUCUGCCCAACCCACGAUGGGAAGACGUGUGGGGGUCACGGCACCUGUGACUGUGGGAAGUGCACAUGUGAAGACAACUGGUUUGGAGAGGCCUGCCAAUACCAGGAGGACUGUAACCUUUCAAGCAGGAGAAGUAAAGAACUCUGCCGAAAUCCUCAAGGAGUGAUAUGUUCUAAUGCAGGCUCCUGUCACUGUGGCAGCUGCAUGUGCCACAACCCCAACGGCAGGGGACUCAUCAGCGGCCAGUUCUGUGAGUGUGACGACAGCGAAUGCCUGGACGACGAGACCGGAGAGGUGUGUGGAGGCAACGGAAAGUGUUACUGUGGAAACUGUUACUGCGAGGCUGGUUGGCAUGGCGACAAAUGCGAAUUCCAGUGUGACAUCAGCCCAUGGGAGAGCAAGAAGCGGUGCACAUCUCCAGAUGGCAAGAUCUGCAGCAACCGAGGGACCUGCGUCUGUGGUGAGUGCACUUGCUAUGACGUGGAUCCCUCAGGUGACUGGGGGGACAUUCACGGGGACACCUGUGAGUGUGACGAGAGGAGCUGCCACUCCACCUAUGACAGAUACUCCGACGACUUCUGCUCCGGUCACGGGCAGUGCAACUGCGGGAGGUGCGACUGCAAAGAAGGGUGGGAUGGCACGAAGUGCGAGCAUCCGCUGUCCUGCCACAUGUCCUUGGAGGCCAGCCUGAAACGCUGCCGCGGAACUUCCAGCAUGCCCUGCUUCGGGCGAGGACUGUGCGAAUGUGGCCAAUGCACCUGCCACCCUCCAGGGGACAAGCGAGUUCAUGGGAAGAACUGCGAGUGUGACGACCGGCAGUGUGAGGACCUGGAUGGGGAGAUCUGCGGGGGCCAUGGUUUCUGCUCCUGCGGCCGCUGUAUCUGCAGUGACGGAUGGUUCGGGAAGCUCUGCCAGUUCCCUCGCACCUGUGACAUGAGCGACGAACAGAGCAAAAGCCUGUGUGAGACUGCGGACGGAGUCAUCUGCUCGGGGAAAGGCUCCUGUCACUGUGGGAAGUGUAUCUGCUCACCCCAGGAGUGGUACAUUUCUGGAGAGUUCUGUGAAUGCGACGACAGGGAGUGUGACAAGCACGACGGCCUCAUCUGCACAGGAAAUGGCGUGUGCAACUGUGGCAAUUGUGACUGCUGGGAAGGGUGGACCGGGAAUGCCUGUGAAAUCUGGGUGGGGGCAGAAUACUAACGCCCAGAGGACAUUUUUAAGACUCUUAUGAAAUGACUGUCCUGUGUUGCAAGAGGCCGUGGACACACAGAAGGAGAAAUGACAGAGUGAACAGAGGAUGCGAACCAGGAAAGAAAAAGCACUCCAAACUCGGAUAUAAUUCUUCAUUCAGAUUUCUGCAUAUCACUUGUAUAACAGCAUUCAUUUUACUGGUUACAAAUUAUCUUUAUUAAAACUAUAUUGUUGUAUGCAAGUAAAACA